CUUCAUAUGCCGCAAGAACCAUGGAUUCAAUUAGUGAAAACCUUAGACGGGCGCAGGAGGCUAUUGCCCGAGCGCGGGCGCUGUCGACGCAACUAUCCAGCCUGUGCCUGAGCCAGCAACAGACAUCUGCCACGGCGUCUACAACAGAUACAUCACAAAGGCCAGCAGCAAAUGACCAAGGAGCAGCGGGGGAGCAGUUGUCGGCUGCGGGACCCGAGGCUGGAGUAGUAGCGCCCGCCGGCAUGCCCCUCUCGGACCGUGACCCCGUGCGUGGGUACCGAGCGUCCCUAGAGCAAAGCGAUGUCACGCGAGAGGCAAGCGUGACAGGGCGACAGGGUGACGAUGAAGCCGGCUGGCCAGCGGCGCCCAGUGGCUCCUGGCGCAGCAGCUACCAGCGGCUCUCAGGCACCGGAGCUCCCGGGGCUAGCGCGGCGGCUGCUGCCCCCGAUACGUACGGGUUAACGGCGCGCAGUGCCAUCCCACGGUACCACUCUGGCAUGGAGCUAGACGCGCUUGAGGCUGGCGGUGGGGCAGCCGCCGAAGACCUCGGCAGCUACCACAGCAGGGGAGGCCGUGGCGGCGACACCGCUGGCGGGUUAGCACUAGAUGGAGACGGCGGCGGCGGGUACCGCGGAAGAGGCGACGGCGGAGGCGGAGGCGGCUCUGAUCCGGGAGUGAGCGGCGGUGAGGGCGAGGGCGGCGGCGACCUGUCCUCGCGCCUGACGCACCUGGCGGGCCCGGUGCUGGCGGUGGCGACGCAGCUGGCGUCGCUGCAGCGGAAGCAGUCGGAGACGCUGCAGCAGCUGCUGGUCCUGAGGAUGCAGCAACUCAAGCUCCGGCAGCAGCAGCUGACAGCACUACAGGAGCUGCUCACGGCGGAAAUGGCGGCCAUUGAGGGCACGCCGCUGCAGGUGUCGGCUGUGGAGCAGGCGGUGGGGCUGCUGGGCCAGUCCCUGCGCGACAUGAAGGUGGCCAGCCGCGCCAUGCUGCUCAGCGGGCCCGACCAGGUGGCGGCGGUGUCGGCGGCCGUGUCCGCCACAGACAGCCGCGCGGACGAGGUCUCGCGCAUGGCGAGGCAGCUGCUGGGCGUGCUGCGCGCCUUCCCGCGGAGAGGUGGCGCGGCGCCGGACCACGACACAAUAAAGGGAGCCGCGCCCGCGGCCAUCGCCUCCAUACCCACGCUGACAUGCGAGGCCAGCUCCAUGCUGGUGGGGCAGACGUGCUGCAUCUGCCUGGGCGCCUUUGAGGCGGGGGACGUGCUCAAGAGCAUCCAGUGCGUGCACUACCACCACGCCGCCUGCCUGGACGAGUGGCUGGCCAUCAAGGCCUGCUGCCCGCUGUGCAAGGCUGUGCUGCCCGGCUAGCGUGGGGCUGCAGGCUGCCGUGCGCUACACGCCUGGGCUGGCGCGACGGUGCACCCGGUUGGGCUGCUUGACAUCUGGAAUGUACGAUAACGUUGAUUGUUUGCUAUGCUAAGCUGCUGAUGAGGUGGAUGUUUGUGGAUAGAUGGCAUGCCCUCAUAUGCGCUGCUCCGGCUGGCGGCGCCCGUGCCGGUGCUAUACCUGCUCUACGACACCGUGCGACCGUAAUUCAAUGUCGCAAAACUG